AUGAGCUUCUGCUCGGCGCAUCUGUACCAGCGCAGCCUCGGCGCGCUCAGCCUGCUCACGUCAACCAGCCUCUUUGGCUUGUGUGUCUUUGGCUUCCGCAACCUCGCACUCGGCUCGACGCUCGCCGAGCUCCAGGCGACGACGAGCCAUGGCGUCGUGCUCUUCCUCGGGCUCACGCUCAGCACGCUCCUCCUCCUCUCGGAGCUGCAGUGGCACCGCUUCUACGUCCUCUUUGGCUUCCUCAUGUACCGGUGGGGCCGCGCCUUCACGUUUGGCAUUGCAGGCAGCAUGGCGCUGCUUGUGGGCACGAGCCGCGGAAGCUGCACAACAUCGUGCAUCGAAUACUACCUCCUCUUUAUCGACGGCGUUGCGUGCCUCGUCGUCGCAUGCUUGCACCUCACGGCGAUCCCGGUCCUCGGCGCCAACCGCGCCGUGCACGAUGACGUGGCAGCCGCACAGCUGGCGGACGACGACGGGUCGGUCACCGCAUCGACAACGACCGCGAGCUCUCUCGUAAGCGCUGCUCUGCGAAAGAAAGGCAAACCUUAG